AAGCUUUCUUGUUUGUGAGAGAAAACAUAAAAAAUAGAAAUUCGAUUUUUGCUUCUUCAGGCAGCCCAUUAAUCCGAGCCAGUCGCUCGUCUCUUGUUCUCGGUCUCGCCGUCUCGCAGCUCCAGUUGGACUAGGAGAGAAAAAUAUACUGAGAGAAGAGAGAGACAGAGAAGACCCGAGGAGGAAACGGAAAAAAUCAAUUACCAGCAGUUGACACGUUGCGCUCCGCCGCGCUUCCGCCUGGCUACGGCGCUUCAUUUCUUCGGCCACCUGGUCUUCGUCGUCGUGUUGCGCUCCUCCACGGAGGAAAUCCUGAACGGAUCAAACCGUGACGGGGAUGAUGAAAUGAGAAUCCCGUCCAUCCGACGCUACCUCUGCUAUCUCCUCCUCCUUCAUCCACUCAUCGCUUCUCUGAUCCUGAUCCUAAAACCCUAGCUUAUCGGUUCGAUGCUCUCGAUUUCGGUGUUUCUAUUCCUGACGAUUGGAGAGUAGAUAGUCCGGAUUUGCGGCCCUGAUCCAAUUCGAGCGAGUGGAGAAAGAGAGAGUGAUCUUCAGCGAUCAUUCUCGAUUUCUUGAAGGUACCUGGAAAUAGAUACUGCAAGUGAGAUAGACGGUGUGAAGAGAAGGAAUCAUGCAGAGACGGAGUCCACCGAAGCACAGACACGAUGGGACUUCGCCUUUGCCCCUGGGGAUGGAUUGGAGCCCUCCUCCUCGGAAAUGGGUCACAUAAUUCUCUGUACUCGUGGCAUUCCUUGUGAGCUUGAAUCUCAUCCGGGACCGGAAUUCGGUUGCUUUAGAUCCAUUAUGUUGGUAUUUUAGCCGAAGCAAGUGCAGGAUUUGGAGUGGACGAGACACUGUUUGGCCACAUGAUCCUAGAACGGGAUGGAGUUACUGUGUCACUGUGCCUUCCUGGGUUGUCCUUGCAAAGUCGAGAGAUUCGGAUCCUGUAGUGUUUUACAGGGUUCAGGUUGGUUUGCAAUCACCUGAAGGGUUAACAGUUACACGUGGAGUACUGAGAAGAUUUAAUGAUUUUCUGAGGUUAUUUGCAGAUCUUAAAAAGGCAUUUCCAAAGAAGAGUCUUCCACCAGCUCCACCCAAGGGACUAUUGCGUAUGAAAAGCAGAGCAUUGUUGGAAGAGAGGAGAUGCUCUUUGGAGGAAUGGUUGACAAAGCUACUGUCCGAUAUUGAUUUAUCUAGAAGCAUAGCAGUUGGAUCCUUUCUUGAACUAGAAGCGGCUGCAAGGUCUGCUUUUCAGGAUGCAAAUCAAGAGUCUCCAGAAACAGCUCUAACUGGCGAUGCUACACCUACUUCAUCUCAGAUACCUCCUAAUUCGAGCCCGUCUGCUCUUACUGCGACUUCGUCAAUUGCUUCCGAUUAUGGAAGUGAUACUGCUUAUGAAGCAUCUGAGAUUGGAACUCCAAGGUUGGGAAAGGAUGAAAGUUCUGAAAUCGGGAUGGAGGAUCAAGCAUUGGAUGAAGAUCUCACAGACCCAACAGAAAAGCUAGUGAAGUAUGGCAUUUCCAACAUUGAUGAAGGACUCUUAAUGGGGCAGACUAUCCUAGAUAAGCUUGAAAGAUUUCCUAGGCAUAAACCUCACACCAGACAUGCAAACAUUGUGGGGAAUUCCAUGUACAAUGGUAAUGCCCCCAAAGUUCAACCCAUUGUUGGCAAUGGGGUGGAACCAUUCUCUGAGCCAGAGCAUGGUAGGGUGGCACUAGGCCAUGCUCGGAAAUUGUCUAGUGACAGUGCUGGGAGCGAUGGAAGCUCUUUGAGAGGCAGUGAAAGUGCUGGUGUAUCAAAUUCAGGCACUGCUGAUGUAUCUCUUGACCUUGCAAGAGGAGCUGAGGUUUCCAGUUCUUUUGGAUUUCUUAGCAAGAUUGAGUCGCAGCUUUCAGCCGAUACACAAAUAAUUAUUCCAUUUGAUCAACGCCAUAAAAUGAGCAGAGUUCUAACAACCAUGCAACGACGGCUAGGCACAGCAAAAACCGACAUGGAGGACCUGAUAUCAAGGUUAAAUCAAGAAAGAGCCAUUAAAGAUUAUCUUGCUAAGAAGGUGAAGGACCUAGAGGUCGAACUUGAAACCUCUAAACAGAAAAAUAAGGAAAACCUGCAGCAGGCUAUUUUGGUUGAAAGAGAGAGGCUAACACAAAUGCAAUGGGAUAUGGAGGAACUUAGGCGGAAAUCCUUUGAAAUGGAGCUAAAACUAAAGGCUAAAGAGGAUGAAAAGUCAAGCAUGAAAUUAGAUGAUGGACCUACAAAUGAGAAGGACGUCGCGCAGGAAGAGCUAGACAUUACCAAAAAGAAACUCGAGGACCUAAUGAAGCAAUAUGAAGCAUUGGAAGUAAAAUCAAAGGCUGAACUAAAGUUUCUUGCUAAAGAGUUCAAAUCUCUUCAAAGUUCCCAGAAGCAGUUGAAGCAGGACCGUGAUCAAGCAAUAAAUGAGAAAGCCGAAAUGGAGAAACACCUUGAACAUGAGAGAGAGUCUAGGCAACAUGAGAAAGACCGCCAGAAAAGGCUCCUGCACGAUUGCAGGACUGUUUGGAGUCGACUCCAAGAAUGCAACCUCAAUUUAUCCAGUGAAGAUGAUGGUAACAAUUUUGUGCUGAACUCCUCAUCUGAAGACGCGUUCGAUUUAUUGGAAACAUUUGAUGACCGGAUUAGCCUUCUUCUUGCAGAGGCACAACUAAUAGCUGAUGAUGGUGGUGCUGAUUGUAACGAGAAGACAAUGAACAGUGAAUUGAGGACAUUGCUCGGAGACAUACUAGCCGAUAAUGCAAAGCUGCGGAGACAGGUAUACUCUGUUGCUCGUCGUGCUCUUCGAAAGGGCACGAUUUCGAGGGAGCAGUCACUGGACAUAUCUAAUGUAGAUAGAUGAACGAACCAUAGAGAAUCAUAUUCCCCUCUUCUCUUCUGUCGUGUUUUAGCUUUCCGCUUUCUUCCAUUUGAUCAAAUUUUAAUUUCACUUCUACAUAUGUAUGGCCUGUGAUGAAGAAGUUGAUCUGCACCGAACUGCAGCUUUAACUAUUUGUAACCUUGUGGAGCUUUCACUGUCCACUUAUACGACGAAAGUCAACUAGAGAGAGAGAGCAUUGCCUUCAACGGUUCAUACCACCAUCUUUGUACCUUAAGAUAAAGCAUUGUAGAUUUUCUGGGAACUUUUAUUUGGUGAUGUUGGUCAUAGUCGAAAUUCGAACAUGAGAUCUCUCAAGGUCAAAAGCAUGUUGUUUUGCUAUUUGACGACUUUCUCGUUUGUCUAUCACAUUCAAGUUGCUUGGAACAGGCCAUAUUAUACAAAUUCAGGCACAUGCCAAGUUUUUUUAGAUAAAGAAAGACAUGACCA